AUGGCGUCAGACUACGUUCUCGAGCAGUCGCAGUAUGCAUUCCCCACGAAACCAGAAGAGUAUGCGCCAGGGCCCGUGCCGAGUCUGGGGGAAUGGCGCAAACUGUGGGCUGCGUGGGAGGCGGUAACUUUGAAGAUGAUUCCGAACGAGGCGUUGCUGGAGAAGCCGAUUCCGUUGCGGAAUGAUCUUAUUUUCUAUCUUGGGCAUAUUCCUACUUUUGAGGAUAUACAUUUGGAGCGCGCCACCAAAGAGCCUGCGACUGAGCCCAAGUCUUAUCAACUGAUCUUCGAGAGAGGAAUUGAUCCAGAUGUGGAUGAUCCAACCCAAUGUCAUGACCACAGCGAGGUCCCAGAUAGCUGGCCGACAUUGGAUGCAAUCUUGGACUAUCGUAAGAAAGUCUGCGCGAGGAUCGAAGCUCUGUACAAGACCGACAAGCCUUGGACAAACAGGACUAUUGGACGCGCACUUUGGAUUGGAUUUGAACACGAAGCACUGCAUCUGGAAACCUUCCUAUGGAUGUCGAUAUUGAGUCCCAACAUCCAACCGCCUCCUGGCCCGAAGCCAGACUUUAAGGCCAUGGCCGAAAAGGCAGCAAACGAAAGAGUCGACAAUCAAUGGUUCAACAUUACGCCACGCACAUUCACAAUAGGAAUCGACGACUCAGACCGUGAUGAUGACGGCAAAGACGGUUUCUUCGGAUGGGACAAUGAACGUAACCCAUACGAUGUCACCGUCGAUGGAUUCGAAGCACAGGGACGGCCUAUCACUAAUGGAGAAUAUGCAACUUAUCUCGUUAACACAUCACGGACGGAUUCUAUCCCUGUUACAUGGACGCGUAGUGAGACGCCCGAUAAUAAGGACAUUGAAAGCUUUACCAACACCACUACGGUUAAGACUGUGUACGGCCCAGUUCCGCUGAGACUCGCAUUCGACUGGCCUGUAUACACGCCGUACAAUGACGCCGUGGCAUACGCAGAAUGGGCUGGUGCACGACUUCCUACGAUCCACGAAUCACGCAGCAUUCACAUGCAAGUUGAAGAGGAAAAGGCGAGAAAGAAUGGUGGCAGCAGGGAUACAAUCGCCCCCUCAUCCCAAGAAGACAUUUACGUCGAUCUGACCGGAUGUAAUACCGGCUUCCAACACUUCCAUCCCACGCCUGUGACACCAAAUGGCAACCGACUGUGUGGACAAGGCGAUAUGGGUGGUGCCUACGAAUGGACUAGCUCUUAUUUUGCACCGCAGCCUGGUUUCAGGCCAAUGGAUAUCUAUCCUGGAUAUAGUGCCGAUUUUAUGGACGAAAAGCACAUUCUCGUGACAGGUGGGUCCUGGGCAUUGCAUCCCCGGCUGUCUGGAAAAAGGACUUUCUUGAACUGGUGGCAGAAAGGCUACCCAUACCCCUGGAUCGGUAUUCGAUUGGUCCGAGAUGCUUCGAAAUAAAAUCAUCAGACUGCAAGAGUGGACUAAGAUGACAUGCCAAACUGUACAUAAUACUCUCACAUGUCAUAAUAGAAAUAGAACACGU